CAAGCGCUGCAGUCGAUGAAGUUUUUGCACUUGAUCGAUGCCCGUGCUUUUGCGCGGCUUGACGGACCGCAUCUCGGGUACAAAGAAGGCUGCACUUAUUUUCGACAACAUGUGCUCGAUGGUCAACGACGCCAAGGACCUCGCGCCGCACCUCGACACUAUCUGCAUGCAGACGCUGCUGCUCGACUCGAUUCCUGAGUGCCGCACGGUUGCGUCCAAAGCCCGUGGUAUGCUCGUCAAGGGCCAAAGCCACUUCCCGCACCUCGUGCCACGGGCAGCAUGCCAUAAAGCGUUUGAUGUCUUCCACAAGAGCAUGGGCUACCGGUCGAUCGACGAGCUCAUUCCCAUUCCACGCCUCCUCAAGCGUAUCAUGUCGGUCAAAUCGCGCGCGGUGCUUCCGUACCUCGCACCGCACCUGCUCACGACGCCAACGGCCUUGACCAAAGUCCAAGUGAUCAUGUCCGUCUCGGGUGCAGUGCUGCAUCGCGAUAUGGACUGCCUCUGCAAAUCAGCACGUUGAACCUCUC